AUGGAGAAUGUCUCUUCUUCGCCCGUCUUCCCCAAUGUCACCUCGGCUUAUGAAAACACCACUCGGCACAUCAGCGAUUACCAGGGUGUCCAACGAAUCCUGCACCUCCUAUCCAUGGUAGUCUAUGGUGUCGCGUGUCUCCUGGGGGUGAUGGGAAACGGUCUGGUCAUCUGGAUCGCGGGGUUCAAGAUGAAGAGGACGGUGAACGCUGUGUGGUUCCUCAACUUGGCGGUGGCAGAUUUCAUCUUCACGUUUUUCCUGCCCCUCAGCAUCGCCUACACAGCUCUUGGCUUCCACUGGCCCUUUGGGAAACUGCUCUGCAAGUUGAACAGCACCGUCGCCUUUGUCAAUAUGUUCGCCAGUGUCUUCCUCCUGAUGGUCAUCAGCGUGGAUCGGUGUGCCUCCGUGGUCUACCCGGUGUGGUCCCGAAACUACCGGACCCCCAAGCUGGCUUGUGUCAUUGUAUCGGGCGCAUGGAUUGCCGCUGUCGUCCUGAGCACCCCGUAUCUCGUUUUCCGGGACACAGCAACUAAUUCAAGGAACGUGAUCAGCUGCUACAAUAAUUUUGCUCUGUCCGGCGACUAUGAAGCCGAGGAGGCCCGAAAGAUCUGGCAGACAAGGCACAAGGCCAUGAUCAUAACCCGGUUCCUGUUCGGCUUCUUCAUUCCCUUUUCCGUGAUCGUGGUCUGCUACGGCCUUGUUGCGUUCCGGAUGAAGAGGAGGCGUCUGAUCAAGUCGACCAGGCCUGUCCGGAUCAUCUUGGCCGUGACGGGGUCAUUCUUCCUGUGCUAUUUCCCUUACCACAUCUUCUCUUUGCUGGAAAUGGCCAAAGCAUCUUCCGAUCACGAGCUCCAACUGGUUCUUUACAUAGGGGUCCCUUUGGUGUCCAGCCUUGCAUUCUUUAACAGCUGCAUCAACCCAAUACUCUACGUGUUCGUAGGGCAGAAGACAUUCCGGCAGCCUAUUAUCUCGGCGUUCGAAGGGGCUUUUGGGGAGGAUUCUCUCCUGGCCACCUUGUCCAGCAAGAGAAAAUCGAGAUCCAUUUCCCAGGCAGAGAUUCAAAUGCCAAAUGGGUUACAACUUGUGCCCAAUGGCCCAUUGGAGCUGUCGCUGAGUUGCCAUUGA